AUGACCCCAGAUGGAACUACUUCGGAUUGCUUUCAAUAUCAUCUGAAUUCUUUGGACCAUGAAGUUAUAUCAACUUCCUUUUUUAUUAAUUCAAAGAAAGCGAAUAUAAGUAUAACAAUUUAUGAAAUCGAUGAAGCUUUCGGUGAUUGGAGAUAUAUCGAUCGAAUGGAAAUUCGAGAAGUUGUGGAAAACGAGAAUAUCGAAAUUGGGAAUACAUUUCGAAAUUGGAUCAAAUCCAGACAACCAAACAGGAUGAUCAAAUUAGAAAUUAAGGAUCUGUUCAGUUACAAACCGCUUGAUUCUCGAGAAGUUCUGAAUUCUGCGCCUCAUUUCGAGGUUACUGUAUUCAAACCAAAUCAGUUCGUUGAUGGAAAAUCGAAUUGUGAUGGGUGUUGUAUCACUCCGUUUUAUGUUAAUUUUACUGAAAUUGGAUGGAAUGAUUGGAUACUGUAUCCACCUGGAUUUUGGGGGAACUACUGUUCUGGGUCUUGCAACGAAAAAUCGGAUGACAACUACGAAAUAAUGAAAUCCUUAGUCACUGAUCAAUCAUUGAUACCGAAACCAACUUGUGCUCCAAACUACUAUGGAAGUAUAGAUAUUAUAAUAGCUCUGAGCUCUGUAGAUAUACGAAGGACAAGAGCUCAUGGAAUGCGUGCGCUUUCUUGUAGUUGUUUGUAG